CCCUCUGUUUCUCGGCAAAGGAGAACUGGAAAAAUUGCGGAGCUAUGGAGAAUCGCCCGCCGAACAGAGGAAUAGUGGAUCAUCAGUACCACCAUGUCCGGAUUUCUCAGAGCUUCAGGAUCGCUAAACCUCUUUUUGAUCGGAAAAGGCCAUCAGAGGCUGCGUCUGAUUUCUCUGAUUGUUUUCCUCAAAGAAUUAAGGUUUCUACUGGGACUGGAUCCGUUGCUAAGGGUUUAAACUUCAAUAGAAUUCCUCUUAAGGAGUUAGAUGUGAAUACCCCAUCCACACACAUAAAGUCAGGGUUUGUGUCAUCUGAAGAUUUACCUUCCUGCGGUCCUUGUGGCAUGGAUGAGAAAGUUAUAAUUAUAAAUGCACUUCCGGUUGAAUUUUCAUCAGAAUCAUUCAUAACUCCACAGAAAGAGCUGGAGAAGUUUAGACUAAGCAAUGACUGCUCAACUCCUUCUCUUCUAGAUGAUGAGAUUGACGAAUCAAUGUUAGAAGAGAUUGACGUUAUCUGUGAAGAGUCAGAGAGAAGGGCAACAUGUCAAAAUCCAUGUAUCAGCAGCGGCAAUGAAACUUGGGCCACAGAUAAUAAGAACGACAACUUUAAGGCCAGAUUAGAAUUAGAUUUUAGUGCUGGUAAAAUGCAUGAACCUAUUUCUAAUGGCAACUUAAAAUUCAAAGAAGAAUCCGUGAUCACCACUGAUCCUGCAUUGAAUGGCAACUUGGAACUGAAAGAAGAAACCGUAAUCACUGCUGAUCCUGCAUUGAUCAAGAGCAUGUCUGACGAGUGUUCAAAAUAUUUACAGUCUUUAAAUGAUAGACAGCGGGAUGCAGCCUGUAGUGAUAUUUCUACCCCUUUGAUGGUUCUAGCUGGUCCCGGUAGUGGAAAGACUUCCACCAUGGUUGGUCGAGUCUUGGUGUUGCUGAAUGAGGGUAUCCAUCCAUCAAAUAUCCUAGCAAUGACUUUCACUACAGCUGCAACUUCUGAGAUGAGAGAACGCAUAGGUAACAUUGCUGGAAAGAAGGCAGCAAAAGAACUAACAAUAAGCACGUUCCAUUCAUUUUCUUUGCAACUUUGUCGGAUGCAUCCAGAAAAGUUAGAGCGUACAUCUGAAUUCUCGGUCUUUGGAAACGGGCAACAGAGACGAGCAAUAAUUGAAGCAGUGCGUUUAUAUGAGAAAGAAAAGAAGAAAAAUAAUUCUAAUGCCUGUGAAUUUGGUGAUGAUUUGAAUGAAACAUUAUGUCCUGAAUACUUCAAGGAUGGAUCAAAGAGGUGGCUGAAAUAUGUGACCCAGGCAAAGGCUUCUGGUAAAACACCAACAGAGUGUCGGAAGAUGGGUAAUGAGAUGGGGGCUGCUAUUCUUGGAAGCUACAAUGAUAUCCUCAAAUCUUGUAACGCCUUGGACUAUCACGAUUUGAUUAGUUCUUCUGUGAGACUGCUUACCGACUUUCCUGAAGUAUCCACGGAAUGCCGAGAGACUUGGAAAGCCAUCAUAGUUGAUGAAUUCCAGGACACGAGUUCCAUGCAGUACAAGCUUCUGCAAAUUCUAGGGUCUCAUAAUCGCAUAACUAUUGUUGGUGAUGAUGACCAGUCCAUUUUCAGUUUCAACGGAGCAGAUAUUUCAGGAUUUGUUUCAUUUCGUAGAGAUUUCCCGAAUUGCAAAGAGGUCAGACUUAUCAGAAACUACAGGUCCACUCGCCAUAUUGUGGAAGCUGCAUCUUCUAUCAUAAAAAACAAUAAAAAGCGGUGCCAUUCCAAAAGUAUCUUGUCUGAAAACUCCGAUGGAUCUAAGAUUACUGUCAAGGAAUGUCAUAAUGAGGAUGCACAGUGUGCAUUCGUCAUUGACAAAAUAAUUGAAAGCACAAAGGAUGGCUCAACAUUCAAUUGUUCCUAUGGUGAUAUUGCCAUCCUUUACCGAAGACAGGUGUCUGGGAAAAUCUUCCAAACUGCAUUCCGCCAGAGAAAAAUACCAUUCAAUGUUCAUGGUGUAGCCGUAUACAGGAAAAAGGUAGUCAGAGCCAUUGUAGCCAUGCUGAGAACCGCAUUAGCUGAGUGUGAUGAUGCUUCUUAUCGUCGAGUUUUCAAAGCGUUGCUUCCUUUUGAGCAAGAAGAAAAGAAAAGGGUGAUAGAACAUAUUGAAAAAAUCGCUAGCAGUAGGAAAUGCAGUUUCAUUUCGGCUGCAGGUGAUAUCUUCAGCGCCAAGAUUUCUGGUACCUUCAAGAGGAGCCAGCUUAGCCAGGGACGCAAAGUGUUGCAGACUCUUGAGAUGAUAAGAAAGCUGGUUCUCAGGGAACAAUCACUUUCAGCUGUUGUGACAUCUGUAGCAAAUAUGAUACCUCAGAAAUACCUUCUCGAGCAACGGGCAGUCCUUGAUUCUGAUGGAGGAAAGCUGCUUAAUGAAGAUAAUGAUCUUAGAACUCUACUACAGUAUUUAAUGGAUGAUGUCUCUGAGUUUCUGUCCACGCACUCUACUUCAACUGAAGGAGAACUAGAUACAAUCAAAGAACAGAAAGGCUGCAUUCAGCUACUUAAGUCCUUUAUUACUUUCAUUAGCGAGCGCGAAAGUGGGAAUUUUCGUUCAAGAAGACGUGACAAUCAAAACUCUGUCAUGCUGACUACCAUCCAUCAGUCUAAAGGUUUGGAGUGGGACAUUGUUUUCAUAGUGAAGGCAAAUGACAACGAGAUUCCUCUGUUACAUGAAUCUGACAACAUUGGAGAUGAGACUAGAACAUUGCUCGAGGAGGAGCGUCGCCUUCUGUAUGUGGCUAUGACUCGUGCUCGCAAGAAACUUUACAUCUUGUAUGUGACAGUGGAUUCAAAUUGGCAGGUGCUGCAAGCAUCACGAUUUCUUAAAGAGAUCCCAGGUCAUCUUCUACAAGUUGAGGGGGAAUUAGGUGUGAAUGACCUGGGAAAAGUUCGCCCAAGCUUGUCAAAAGGAGCCGAGAACGGCGUGUCUAGUUUUGUGACGGGAAUUAAAUAUGAAGAAAAUACAUUAGUCAAUGAUAAUAUUGACAUUCCAAUAGAUAAUGCCUCAGAGGAGUCAGCAGAUGUGGCGUACGCACUCAAUGGGAACAAUUUCCUGAAAAGGUUUGAUGUGGAGGACAGAUCAAUCGUUUCUCACUUAUUUCACAACUGGGCCAAGAAACAAGCAUUCCAGGAACCAAAGAGGCUGCUUGACAAGGUUCGCUUUGUAAUUGACGAACGCUUGGCCAAUAAGAAGAACAAACACAAAGACGUCUUACGAGCACUUAAAUCAUCAUUGACCUCUGAUGAAGCGUUCCACUACGCGGAACAUAUACUUCGGUGGGAGCAACUUCCUGCUGACAAACGAGCUCAUCUCAUGCGGGAGAAGCAGGAACAUUUCCAGAAGCUAAGAAUCGAAAACUCAAUGAGCUCAUCCGCAGCAACAACUAAACAGAUAGCGUACCUGCAGAAUCUGGGAUGCACCACCACCCCAACAUCACGCCUCCAUGCUUCACGUUUGAUCGAGCAGUACAAAUCUCUGUGAGUUUUUUCGUUUUUAUUUUUUUAUCUUACUUUCUUACCCAACCGGGUAUAGCUCCAUGGUGAGGCGAGAAUUGGUUGGGAGUGCCAAUUGCUGGUCCCGUGUUCGAGCGCCUGUGCUGGGGAGGGAGGGGGUUUUUCCUGGUUGGGAGGGUGUUGCUCUCUGGAACCCUGUCGCUGGGUCUCUAAAGGCUGCUCCCGGGCCUGAGGGGAUGUAGGUUGGGCCGAAGGUCCAGGUGAACCUCUCGGUUAUCAAAAAAAAAAAAAAAAAAAAAUUCUUUCAGUAAAAUCAUGUAUCCAUAUGUAAACCGGGAAGUAUGUCCUUUUUUAUUUUUUUUUUCGAAUAUAUUUCCAAAACAAAUCCCUUUGGACAGGGCUUCAUGA